CGACAAACUGGAAUAUAAGGAGGUGAAUGUCAAACAGCUCCAGGAUGCUGCUGUCCUCAUCCCUGUUAACCUGCUGUUCAUCAGGGGGUAUCUGAUUUACCAAACAUGAUGAAGACUGAGCCCCCGUCGGACGGGGGCAACGGGACAUCAGGCGGGAGCUCGAACCUGCGGAGUCCCUCACCCCACCGCAAUGCCUACGAGGCGGGGCUGGCAGCACUGAAGAAGGCCACCGACCACCUCAACAAUGCCGCCAAUGGAGGCACUGACCCUGCCUCAAAACCCGCACCUCUGCCCCGCCCGACUGGGAGGGGCCGGAGAUAUGGAUCAAACGUUCACCGCAUCAAGAACAUGUUCAUGCAGAUGCAGUCUCCUGGUGAUGAGGAGGAUGGAGCCAAAAUGAUAGGUAAAGACCAGGCGGUUAAACUGUCCCUGCCAAGGGCAUCAAGCCUCAACGAGAACGUCGACCACAGCGCCCUGCUCAAACUCGGGGGCACAGUCUCAGAGAGGGUCAACCGUUUUGACUCUAAAGGAAGUGGGGAGGGCAGCUCCAUGGGUUUCUCCAAACUGCAGGAGACCAGGAGGAUCUUUGAGCAGCGGACUCUUCAGGAGAAGCAAGCGGCCACUAACCGGAUCUUACUGAAGAAGGAACGGGCAUCGGGCUUCCAGGACAGCCGUCUAGAUGUUGUGGCACGUUUUAACGGCUCCACUGAGGCUCUUGACCGGCUGGACGACCCCCCUGCUCCCGCCCCUGCCACUCUUCCUGCUGUUGCAGCUUCAGUUGGGCCCGGCGAGGCUGUCAGCCCCACUGUGAGCCAGCUCAGUGCCGUGUUCGAGAAGGGCGAACUGCAAAAUAAUCUCUACCUCCCCCAGCGCCGGUCAGCCCCUGCCCUUGCACCAAAGCCCAAACCUCCAGCCAGAGCGGAGGCUGUUGGUAGGAAGGCAAAGGUGUUGGCUCCAGGUAAGGAGGACUCCAAGGAGGAGACAGCAGGAGUUGUGAGUACUAAAGCAGCAGAGCUACCAGAAGUGAUGGGUUCUCUACAGAGGAGCAUAGAAGGAGUGUUGGCCAGUGGAGAGAAGGAGGGGCUCGGACAGUCAGGAGACCAGCACUCCAACUCCUCCUACUCGUCAUCAUCCUCUGUGGUUGUUACUUCCUCCUCUUCCUCUUCAGAGGCCAAACCGGAGUUGGAGGCCCAGCCAACAGCGACUGAAGCCAGGGGCUCAAGUACGGUGACUGCUCCAGAGCGGGAGCCACAGGCUGACGACCAGGACAGCUUCACCGGGGGGUCUGAAGCUGGAGCCAGGCUGGUGCAGGCGGAGGUUCAUGCCUCUUUGGAAAAUGGAGAAAAAGAGCCUCCGGGUUCCUCUCCCUCCUCUGAGGAGAAAGGAGAGGACUCUGACAGGAGGGGUGAGGAAGAAGAGGAGGAGAAUGACGAGGAUGGCUCGAGGAAGGAGGAUUACUCAGAGGGGGAUCUGGUGGAUAUCAGUGCAUACAGCGGGCUUGGGGAGGAGGACUCUGGGGGGAGCCAACUGGACGAUGAAGAGGAUGAAGAAGAUGAGGAGGCGUAUCAGCCAGAGACUAGUUGCUCGGAGAUUGCGGGCCUCCCUGAAGAAGAGGAGCCUGUGCCAUCCAAUAGGAAGAUUCGCUUUAGCACUGAGCCAAUCAGGGUCUUCACCACCUACUCUAAUGAAGACUAUGAUCGACGCAACGAUGAUGUCGACCCAAUGGCAGCCUCAGCUGAGUACGAGCUGGAGAAGAGAGUGGAGAAGCUGGACCUGUUUCCUGUUGAGCUGGAGAAAGACAGUGAUGGUCUGGGUAUUAGUAUCAUAGGUAUGGGUGCAGGAGCUGAUAUGGGUCUGGAGAAACUGGGGAUCUUCGUUAAGACAGUCACUGAGGGUGGAGCUGCACAAAGAGACGGCAGGAUCCAGGUGAAUGAUCUGAUAGUGGAGGUCGAUGGGACCAGCCUGGUCGGCGUCACUCAGAGCUUUGCUGCCUCUGUCCUCCGCAACACCACUGGCACUGUCAGGUUUGUGAUUGGCCGGGAGAAGCCAGGAGAGCAGAGUGAGGUGGCUCAGCUGAUCCAGCAGACUCUGGAACAGGAAAGAUGGCAGAGAGAGAUGAUGGAGCAGAGAUACAAACAGUACAUGGACGAUGAUGAAGAGACAGGUGAAUACGCAACAGACGAGGAGGAGGAGAUGAGUCCGGUGUUUCCAAACUCCAUUGAGGUUUUCGACCUGGCAGAGAACCAGGACAUGUUAUCUCCUGUGGAGCUAGACCCCGAGAAGCUGGCCCACAAAUUCAAAGAGCUUCAGAUUAAACAUGCAGUAACCCAGGCGGAGAUCCAGCUGCUGAAGAGAAAGCUGGCUCAUGCAGAGCAGGAUAAGUUGCGUUGGCGGAUGGAGCGCGCUCAGUUGGAGCAAAACAUCCGGGACAGUAAGGAGAGGAUGGAGAAACUGGAGGGCUACUGGAUGGAGGCACAGUCCCUAUGUAAGGCAGUGGAUGAACACCUGAAGGAGACCCAGGCUCAGUACCAAACCCUUGAAAGGAAAUACAGCAAAGCCAAGAGACUGAUCAAAGAGUACCAGCAGAAGGAGAUAGAGUACCUGAAGAAGGAGACAGCUCAGCGUCGAGCACACGAAGAAAGUGAGGCAACACACAAAGAAGAAACGGACAACCUGCAGGAAAAGAUUACAGACUUGGAGACCAAAGUGGAUGCCCUAAAGACCCCGAAACCCUCCUAGACUGCUGCUACUUCCUACCUCCUUUCUGUGACUGGAAGAGGAGGAGCUCUGCCUUCAUUCUGACCGGGGCUGUAUUUUAUUCCAAUCAACCAUUUACUGCACAGACAGGGAACGGGGGGGUGGGGGGUGGGGGGGGACAUACCAAGGAAGGCAAUUGUAAAAGAGAGGACGAGGAGGGCGACAUACAAAGAGGAAAGAUGCAACCUCUCAUCUGACAUCUGCCAACAGCUUAGAACUCCAUCAGUCAAUAAUCAAUCCCAGAAUGCACCCUCUGUAAUACCCAGAAUCCUCCUUGUGUGUCUUCCUGGCAACCGGCUUGGCAAUCAACACGGAAACCACAUUCAACAACUUGUACUUUAUUUAUGGGUGAUCUGUUUUCACUUCUCCUCUCCUCAUUAACAGUAUCUUACCAGGAUUCUAUCACUGAUUCAGAUUUAUUUUAAAAAAGCGCUUUUAAUAAACAGGCUCGUCACAAAGUGCUUUAUAGAGUGACAGAGGGCAUAAAUGCAGAAUAAAACAGAACAGAAGAACAAAGGACAAAGAUUAUUUGAUUGUCAUUGUGCUACGUUUGAACUUGGUGGUUGCAGAACCAUCUCUUUUAUUUUUUCGGAACUGGACUGGAUUCUUAUGUUUUCUGUUACGUGGCAUUGAUCGUUCAAAUCAAAAACAAGAAGGAGAAGUAGCCACCUCAUUUUUAAAGACUUAACUCAAAUUCUGAAGUGGAACCGUGGUAGUAAUGACAAACCAUGACAGAAACUAACUUUGAAAAGGAAAUAGCCACCACCCUAUGAAAACUAUGAAGCAAAAUGGCUGACAAAUUUCUGAUCAGUGACAAAAAGUGGGAAAAAACAGAAGGCCUGCCCCAGCUGUUGUUUUCUCUUUUCCAGUUGAAUUUUCUGCAAGUGAUGGAAAGAAACAGGCAGAAGUGUGCAUUUCAGGUCUGAAUUGUGGUGGCAUACUGUUUGUAUAUAUUCUAUACGUGUAUUUAAAAGUGUUUAAAUGGCUUAAGCAAUUAAGUGGGUCUGAUCACGGUGAGUAAGGCAGUGUAGUGAGUGAAUGACAACUUGCUAUGGAAGGUGGAAUGGUUCAGUAGUUCAGAUUCAGCCUGUUUCAUCUCUUCUCUAUCAAUGGCAGACAGGGUGUGAAUAGUCUAUUAUGUGCUUAUAGAGCUUCUAAUGGUGUAUAUUUGUUGGUGUUUACUACAGUAUCUGUGGGUUUACAUGCACUCCAACAUCCUGUUAUUCAGGAUAGUCAUAUACUAUAUUCUUGAGUUGGUGCAGGGAGACAUUGCUUUCUGUUUUCAGAAGUUCGCUCAUAUCCAGGAUCACAAAAAAUAGUAUGCUAGCUUGAAUAUUAAUACUAGUAUUCUGAGGCUAUUUUGUGUAGAGCUUCCAUUAUGCACUCACUGCAUAGUUUCCCAAGCUCAGGCUACAGGGUAAACCAAGAAGAUUAAUUUAAAGUGAACUCUUGUGGUGUCAAUUGUUCAAACAUUUCUUGGAGGCUGAACUUGAACGCUAGAGAAAAUCUUAUUGAUUGAGUUAAACUUUAGUGGAUGGAGCCAAAGAGCCCAAAAUCCCCAGUCAAUAAUGGAUUUUUGAGCCAGAUAAUGAUAUUAGAAAGUUACUUAUUAUUGUUAUUUAUCCACUAAUAUCAACAAAUACCAACUAACCAUGACCAAAGAACAGCUAUAGUAAUUACAUUUUAUUAAGCAACUCAGUUGUAUACUUAACUGUGAAAUUUAAACCUCAAUUUAAUACUUAGUGUAUGUAUUAGUACCUGGCUAUGGAAGCAAAAAAGGCCAUAAUAAUUUGAUUAUAUAAGCAACAAAACAUGUAACUUUGACAUUUAGCAGCCACUGCCACUAUUUAAUGUAUUUAAAUGUUGCUGAAUUUAUAGAAUUGAAAUAUGUUUUAGAGCAGUCUGUCUGAAUUUAUUCCUUUAGGCAGUAGCUUUUUGUGUCUUAAUGUAACUGCUAUAUUUCAAAACUACUUGAUUUUUUGACCUGGCUUGAAUUUUUAGAUCUAAAUAUGACAGAUUUGAAAGAGCAGAGUUUUGCAAAUAUUGGAUCCUUAAAUUUAGAAUUUCUGAGCCUUGAAAAAACGUCAGUUUUUUUUUUGUUGCAAUUUUACAACUUGAAAGUACCACAUAUAGUCAGACAGAUGGAUUUCAAAGUAAAAAAAAAAAAAAGUAGUCAAAUAUCAAAACUAGCUUUUCACUUGCUUACAAAAUUCAAAUUAUUAUGGCCUUUCUUUGUUUUCAUAGCUAGCUUGUUAGCUAACCUAGAUUAGCUAGUGAAGCCUUUUAUGCUAACAUACCAGGAUAGUUUUGCCUCCAAGACAUGUUUUUCUAAUUACACCUUUCACAUGGAUAUCAGCUACAGUGUUAUUCAGAAAACGGUAUGCAUGUAAACACACUCUGUACAUCUUAUGUUAGGAGAAGAGUAGAAGGUCCCAGUGCCAGUAUUAUGACUUUAGAAAAUGAAUUUAAAGUUAGUGAUACAUAUAUGCCUGACAUAGUCCAAAUAUAGGUUGAAUACAAAUGUGUUUCUGUGGUCAUUAAAGGUCAAAUCAUUUUCAGGUACCCAGGGAACACUGUAGAUGCAUCAAAUUCAUCCACACAUUUUUCUUCCUUAAACAAAGAUUUUUCUUUGAUCAGGUAACUUGGAUAAGUUGCUAGCAGUUUUAAAGUACACAGCAUUUUUUUUGUUUUUUUGUUUUAAAAAAUGUGCAUAAAAUUUGAAUCAGUUAGAUUGUCACUUGGUUAAUGCAGAAUUGUGCCAGUGGAAAUGGUAAUUAAUCACGGUUUAUACAUUCCCUAUAAAGAGAAUGGACAAAUUGACUGGACUGGACUUUGACUCUGUGGUUACAGUCCACUCUGUAGGUUUAUAUAGUUAUAUAUUUAACUAUUUUCUGAUUUGACUGUUAUCCAGUGGUUGAUGAUAGUUUGUUUGAUGUUCCAAAUAUGAGGUUCAUAUUUGCAUGUGGAUGGCAAAAUGGUGCUCAGCAAGACAGUGUUCUAUACAAGAGUUACACGUUUUUAACUGGCCAGUUGUGUAUUUUGCUGCUCUAGUAUUGUCAUUCACCAUGGUGAUUAUUCCAAGUUCAUGUAUGUGUUGAGACAAUACAGCUUGCUGGCAAGCUUUUAGUAGGUUACAUUCAUUGAAAAUGCAGAAUUAGAAAAAGAAAUUAGGCUACUUAAGUUCUAAUCAAUAAUGAAUACAAUAAUUUUUUCCCCCCUGUUGUAUGACACAGAGAAGCGAAUGAAAAUCAGUGAAAAUCAACUCCUCACACUCUGUGGUUCAGGUUUGCGUGGAGUGCACUUUUUUGAUCAAAUUUCACAAAAACAAAAUGCAGGGCAUGGUAUGUUUUUUUAGCCAUGCUAGUGGUGUGGCUCUGUAGAUGGCAUUGACAGGCUAUCAGUCAACUAGUUGGUCUAUCAUCUUGGUCCAAACAGAAAUAUCUCAACUAUUGGCUGGAUCGCCAUGAAAUUUCAUACGAAAAUUCAUGGUGCCCAGAGGAUGAAGCUUAAUAACUUUGGUGAUCCCUUGACUUUAUAUUAAUUUGUCCAGUUCUGAGUUUAUAAGCAUUCCAGUAAAUCUCUGUUAUUUGGUUAAUGUUAGCAUGGUAAUGACGAACAUGGUAAACAUUAAACCUGCUAACCAUCAGCAUGUUAGCAUCGUCAUUGUUAGCAUAAUCGCAUGCUAACAUUAGCUUGUAGCUCCAAGCACUGCUGUAGUACAGGACAGAGCAGUUAGCAUGGCUGUAAACUCUGUAAAAUAUAAAAAAGAUAAAAUAUUUUGUUUGUUUUAAUAUCUUGCAACACAAAAUAACUUUCAGAAAUUAGAAACAUAUAAAUAAAGCAGUUCUGCUUGUUAAAUGAAAUGAAAAGAUGUUACAUUUCCAAGCUUAAUUGUAAGGUACAAUCAUUGUUUGUCCCUUGCUUAAUAUGUUUAGAUUUUUGCUCUCCAAAUUUGUUUUGCACUGACCAAUCUGCCUGGCAGUAUACUUGAGCCCCACUCUCAUAGCAAGUCCCCCUAAAGUGUUUGAGCUGAAGCAUCUGAAUCGAUACCUCUGACUUACAGGAAAUAUUUUUUAUUAUAUGUGUAUCCACAGAGAUGGUCAGUGAUUUAUGAGUGUAAGUUUGUGACAGAAUAACUUCCCACAGUUCUUGAGUUGAGCAGUACACAAACAGGAAUGUGAGAAAUUCAACCAAAUAAUGUAAUUUUAUUCAUUUGUGCUGCGUUCUUCUUGCCUGCCCUUGAUGUUAUUAUGUCUGAAGUGGACAAGGGGGAGCAACUCCAGCCUCACAGUAUAAGGUUCAUGUUUUCAUGCAAGAUUGAAUCUGACAGAACAACAUUUUUUCUCCUUUAAAAAAAACACCAAGUAUUUGUUCAAGACUUGCAGUAUGUUUACAUUGUAGUCCUGUUGGAUGGGAACAAUUGUCUUCAAGAGAGAGAGCAUUUUUAAAGGAAUGAAAAUCAGCCAUAAGCAACUCACUUGAGUAUUUUUCUUAUUUUUAUUACAGUUUUAUCUCUAUGUCAAACCAAUGUGAGCUGUACAAUUGCUGUUUCAUCACCAAAUCAAGUCCUGGUCACUUUGGGUUUAAUAUGUAAACACCGUUGGUGAUCACUUUGCCUUGUUAUGAUGACUUUUUCUUGUUAGUUAACAUGCUGCUUUUGCCUUUACAAAGCCUUCAGAUGUGUGCUAGCUGUAGCUGACUCUCACAGUUGUUACCCACCAUGUCUGCCCAUCGCUCAUACACACGUUAAACAAAACAAAACAAGGUUAACCAGUGUUUAAAGAGUGCUUGCCAGUGUUUACAGACAGACUGCCAUGUUUGAAGACUUGAUGGAUUGUAGCACUACAGCAUUUAACUACUGUUACAGACUGUAGACAGAUUGAUGCCUUUCUCCAGGACACUUCCCCAGUGUUUUGUCAUCACUUCUCACAUUUUAAUUAUUUAUUUAACUUAGCUCUUUCCCCUGCUUUGCAUUUUGGGAGCUGUCUUUCAAAACCAUUUUCCCACUGAUGGCCUCUGAGCAGCUCUUUUGGAGCAGGUGAUAGGGUUUAGUGCCUUGCUUAAGGGUUAAGGAUAAUGAUUGAUGAGAGUAGACUGUCCAAGCAUACAAACGUGUAUUCCACCACCAGCACCCUAUCAUCUUGGCUUCCCUAUUGCCCUAGUGUUGAGGAACCUCCUGGUCAGGAUUGAUGAUGUGAUGACCAUUUUUGAUGCUCAGGGUGGAAACCUAACUGGACAGCUAGCUUAUUCUGUUCUGGAACCACUGGUAACCAUUCUUUAAGCUCAGCCAGAGCCAAUAGAAUUAGUUGAACAGAUGCCUGUGACAUACUGUAGAUCAAGUGUAGACUUGUGCUCAUGUGAUGUGUUACACAGCAACAUUUAAGAAUCUGGAAAAAAAAACUGGAGAAUACUUUAAAAAUGCAAAUAUAAUCACUACAGAAAAUGUGGUAUUUUUUUGUUAUUUUUUUUGCUGGUAAUUGUUGCAUUGUUUUAUUAUGCUCAGAUACCCAAAUCCCAUGGCAUCUUAGAAGAAUUUCAUUCCUUUCUUUUUAUAUUAACCCUUGGCUUGACUUCCUCAAAUACACUGAUGAAAUCAGAAUAAGGUGUCAGGUGGUGUGCUAAAUGAAUGACCAUGGACUGAGCGGUGCCAAACACUGUGAGCAGGACAAUCUGACAGUGUAUAAGCUGACCUUUGAGUGUAUCUCAGGUCUGACACAGAUUUCCUUCUCUGCCUGGUUCUGUUCUUCAGUUGAUGCCACCAUGUUUGUCUGAACCAAUACCUGUCUGUCAGCAUUAAUAAAUAAACAUAUGUUGAACAAGAAACAAGACAGGAAA